AUGCCCACACCCCCAGUCAUCUCUCGCAAGAGAAAGCGAGUCCACCAGUAUACAGUCAGCUACAGCGAAGUACAAGAAGUAGACAACGAAGGUCGACUCCGCGAAGUAAUCGUCAUUGACGAUACUCCACCCCCAUCAACCAUAUCUCCCGCAACAACCCACACCAACGCUUAUUCCGCUUCUUACCAACCCCCCUUGUACUCCGCUCCAAUCAGAACUAGAGCCCGCGCCGCCGCAGAGGCAAUGGCCCUGUCCGCGAGCACAUCUUCUGCCGCCCCAGUGGCCCCAGCGCCAAAAAAGAGGAAGCGAGACCUGGCAGAUGAUCCUCGUGGGACUCUGACAAAGAGACCUGCCCCCGGCCUGCAACAACAGGCCGCCCUACCCUCCACUAAGUCAUGGGCAAGCGGCAGCGGUCCUGCCGCUCUGGACACAACCAACGGCGUUGUUCCAUGUGACGAUAAGGAGGGUCACUACAUCAUCGUCGCAGAUGACAUAAUCCAUAACCGAUAUCGCACCGUUCGCCUCUUGGGUCAAGGGACCUUCGGCAAAGUUGUAGAAGCCGUCGACAUCCAGACCCAUAACAGAGUUGCUAUUAAAAUCAUCCGUGCUAUCCCCAAGUAUCGUGACGCUAGCAAGAUCGAAAUCCGUGUCCUCCAGAAACUCAAGGAGAAGGAUCCCACAAAUGUUCACAAAUGCAUUCAUCUACUGCAUUGGUUUGACCACCGGAACCACAUUUGCCUAGUAUCGGAGCUUUUAGGCAUGUGCGUGUAUGACUUUCUGAAAGAGAACGAAUUCGCCCCCUUCCCGCGACAUCACAUACAAUCCUUCGCUCGGCAAUUACUCGGCAGCGUGGCUUUUCUUCACGACCUCCACCUAAUUCAUACCGACCUGAAACCUGAGAACAUCUUACUUGUCAAUAAUGAGUAUAGACUCGCAGUCGUCCCUGUGCCUGGCAAGCGCAAUGCCCCUCCACGGACCAAACGGAUACUUCAGUCUACUGACAUACGCCUCAUUGAUUUCGGUUCCGCAACAUUCGAAGAAGAGUACCACUCCACAGUUGUGUCAACGCGGCAUUACCGAGCACCCGAAAUCAUUCUUGGCUUGGGCUGGUCAUACCCAUGUGACGCAUACUCUUUGGGUUGCAUCCUUGUGGAGUUCUACACUGGUGUCGCCCUCUACCAGACACAUGAUAAUCUCGAGCAUCUGGCCAUGAUGGAGAUGGUCAUGGGGAAGAUGCCUGAGCGCUUCGCUCGUGCGGGUGCGCGCUCAAAGCCAGAAUUCUUUAAGGAGGGCGCACGACUAGACUGGCCCAAGCCCAAGGCUUCACGACAAAGUAAGAAGGACGUCCGUGCCACACGACCCCUCCAGGAUGUUAUACCACCUACCGAUCAUAUGAAUCGGCAGUUCUUGGACCUUGUACGGCGAUUACUUGCCUUCGACCCUGCACAACGGAUAACAGUCCGUGAUGCUCUCCACCACCCAUACUUUUCCCUUCAGAUUCCAGAAGAGCUGUAG